CCCUCGCCCUAAUCCCCAAUCCAAAACGAGCCCCUCAUCUCGGCGGCGCCGCCGCCACCGCCGCGGCCGUAGCUUUUUCGCCGGCGUCCCGGUGAGAAGAAAAGAGAGGGGAAAUGGAGAUACAGUCAUCUGGGAGGCCCAUCGAUGUGCUCAUGGAGAAGGUUCUGUCCGUGAACAUCCUCUCCUCGGAUUACUUCAAGGAGCUGUACAGGCUGAAGACUUACCACGAGGUCAUCGACGAGAUCUACAACCAGGUUGACCAUGUCGAGCCAUGGAUGACCGGCAACUGCCGCGGCCCCUCCAGCGCCUUCUGCCUCCUCUACAAGUUCUUCACCAUGAAGCUCACGGUUAAGCAGAUGCAUGGCCUGCUGAAGCACCCUGAUUCACCUUACAUCAGAGCCAUCGGUUUUCUUUACCUGCGAUACGUUGCGGAACCAAAGACGCUAUGGAGUUGGUAUGAACCCUACAUUAAAGAUGAUGAGGAGUUUUCUCCUGGAUCUAAUGGUAAAAUGACUACCAUGGGUGUUUAUGUGCGAGAUCUCCUCCUUGGGCAGUACUACUUUGAUAGUCUUCUUCCGCGAGUGCCUCUCCCGAUUUUGCGACAGGUCACAGGCCAUCUUGAGAAGAUGAAGCUCCCAACAAAGCAGUCAGGAAUGACAGGGGAUUCUAGUCGCCUUGGUUCAGAUGAUACUGCCCGACGGCCUCCUUCAGUAAAGGCUUCUCUGUCUGUCUCUUUUGGUCAGCGUGCCCCACACCGUGCAUCCACAAGGGACUCAUCCCCAGUUCGAAAGACAUUGCCUUCUGUACGUGAUAGGGAAAGGAGUUCUGAUGGUGAACGUGCAAGAUCACCCAAGAGGCACCGAAGUCAGAGUCGUGAGCAUGAUUCUGAGCAUGACCGUUCAGAUCGUGACCGUGAUAGGCACAAGGAUAGGGGGCAUGAUCGGCAUUCCCGUGAUGACAGAGACCGUGAUUACCGUCGUCCAAGCUAUUCAAGUAGGGAUGAUGACAGACAAGGCCGUGAAAGGAGGGACAGGGACUCUGAUCGUCACGGACGCUCAAGUGCCCGCAGGAGCAGGAGCAGGAGUCCAAACCGUAGUAGAGCUGAUGGUGAAAAACAUCGUUCUAGUCCGUUUGGUAAACCACCAGAGUCGUCCAACUUGGCAAAAUUGAAGGAUUUAUAUGGUGACGCAACAAACACGAAGGAUGAUACAGCUGAUGAUAAAGCUCGCAGGGAUUCUGGAACUGAAGAGGUAAUCAGAUUGGGAGGUGCAAGGUGGAGGUGAAUGACCAACAAAAAAGAGAAAAACAUAUGAAAAAUCAUCCAUCCCUAUCUGUUCUUGUGAACGUCAAUAUAGCAAUCAGAGAUACAUAACAUUUGAUGGGAUUCUUCUGUCAUUCCCUGUAAACAUUCAGAAAUAGGGAAGAGUUUUCAUCUGUUAAAAUUCGAUCAGGCCAAUGUAUGGUUAUGGUAGGUAGCAUGUGCGCAACAGAACAGAAUGCAUCUGUCAAACAGUUAUUCAAAUUGAUAGGGCUAGGAUAAAAGUGUAUUAAUUUGAUAGCCAAGUUCCUUA